UUCAAACGGAAAAGAGUCCUUGACUUUUUCUUUUCUUUUCUUUUUUUUUUUUGAGACAGGGUUUCUCUGUGUAGCGUUGGCUGUCCUGGACUCUCUUUGUAGACCAGUAGACCAGGCUGGCAUCGAACUCACAGUGAUCCGCCUGCCUCUGCCUCCCUGAGUGCUGGGACUAAAGCAGGCCAGAUGACCCAAGGUGGAACCACCCUUCUUGAUCACCCUCAGCCUGAAACCUAGGGAGGAUGCCCUGGACGCUCAGGCUAGGGUCUGACAUCGGGCCCCAUGCGGCUCUCCCGCUGCUGGGCUGCCCUGGCAGCCGCCAUCAUCCUCAACCUCCUAGUGUUCUUCUAUGUGUCAUGGCUACAACACCAGCCCAGAAACUCCCGGGCACGGGGACCCCGCCGGACUCCUGCCAUUGGUCCCCGGGUCACCGUCCUGAUUCGGGAAUUUGAGGCUUUUGACAACGCGGUGCCAGAGCUGGUGGAUUCCUUCCUGCAGCAGGACCCAGCCCAGCCCGUGGUGGUGGCGGCCGACACACUCCCUUACCCACCCCUGGCCUUGCCUCGCAUCCCCAACGUUCGCCUGGCGCUGCUCCAGCCGGCCCUAGAUAGGCCAGCCUCGGCCUCGCGCCCGGAGACCUACGUGACUACCGAGUUCGUGGCCCUGGUGCCUGACGGAGCGCGGGCCGAGUCACCAGGCCACCUGGAGCGUAUGGUGGAGGCGCUCCGGGGAAGCAGCGCGCGUCUAGUGGCCGCCCCGGUCGCCACCGCCAACCCAGCGCGGUGUCUGGCGCUGAACGUGAGCCUCCGGGAGUGGACUGCGCGCUACGGCCCAGCGCUCAGCGCGCCCCGCUGCGACGCCUUGGAUGGCGACGCCGUGCUGCUGCUGCGCUCCCGAGACCUCUUCAACCUCUCCGCGCCCCUGGCGCGGCCGCUGACCACCAGCCUCUUCUUACAGACCGCCCUGCGCGGCUGGGCAGUGCAGCUGCUGGACCUGACUUUCGCCGCGGCUCGCCAGCCCCCGCUGGCCACCGCCCACGCGCGCUGGAAGGCAGAACGCGAGGGGCGCUCGCGGAGGGCGGCGCUGCUGCGCACACUGGGUAUCCGCCUGGUGAGCUGGGAGGGCGGGCGGCUCGAGUGGUUCGGCUGCAGCAAGGAGAGCGCGCGCUGCUUCGGCACCGUGGCGGGCGACACCCCCGCCUACCUGUACGAGGGCCGCUGGACGCCGCCCUGCUGUUUGCGCGCGCUGCGCGAGACUGCGCGCUAUGUGGUGGGCGUGCUGGAGGCGGCGGGCGUGCGCUACUGGCUGGAGGGCGGCUCGCUGCUGGGUGCAGCCCGCCAUGGCGACAUCAUCCCAUGGGACUACGACGUAGACCUGGGCAUCUACCUGGAGGACGUGGGCAACUGCGAGCAGUUGCGCGGCGCCGAGGCCGGCUCGGUGGUGGAUGAACGCGGCUUCGUGUGGGAGAAGGCGGUGGAGGGUGACUUUUUCCGAGUGCAGUACAGCGAGAGCAACCACCUGCACGUGGACCUGUGGCCCUUCUACCCCCGCAAUGGGGUCAUGACCAAGGACACGUGGCUGGACCACCGGCAGGAUGUGGAGUUCCCAGAGCACUUUCUGCAGCCGCUGGUCCCCCUGCCCUUUGCCGGCUUCGUGGCACAGGCCCCUAACAACUACCGCCGCUUCCUGGAGCUCAAAUUCGGGCCUGGGGUCAUCGAGAACCCGGAGUACCCCAACCCUGCACUCCUAAGCCUGACAGGCGGCUGAAGCCCCGUUGCCCCCAAUGGGACCGGGUGGAGGGAACAGCGGGGUACAGGAAUCUGUUCUUUGCCUUUGGGGUUCUGUGUGGAUCUGAACAAGUUUUUUUGAGUGGGCAGUGGGGGUGUACACUGGAGAAAAAAGUGUACAAGGAAGACUGGCGGAAGCCCUCAGGACAGCUCUGGCUUUGGCGGGAAGCAGAACCCAGCCGAAGGCUGGCGCAACACGUAGAUUCUGAAGCCGUGAGAUGGACUGUGUGUGGAGACCUCCUAGCCCAUCCUCGUAAUGGAGGAAAGUGGUGGCCUUCGAAGUCAAAGCCCAGGGAUUUGAGUCCAUCCUUCAUCGUCUCCGCCCUAUAUUCCAGGAGCCGUAGACCCUUGGAAAGUGAGGUCCGGAGAACAGACCGGCCAGCUUCAGUCUACCACAUUCACCUUACGUGGCCCUGAACCAGUUAGUCACUCAGUCUCGCUCUCCACCUCAGUUUCUUUUGAGAUACUGAAUUGCCUCCAUUGGUGUCUAUAAUCCUCAGGACCCUUAGCUGUAGUGCUUGCUUCCUCCACCAGAGGGUGCGUUUGUCCCUCCAUUUCAUCUUUGAUGAAGGCGGGCACCUUCUCUUAGCCCGCAUCUCUGGUUUUCUUGGAGUGGCUCUGGGAAGUGGAGACAGCACUGGCCACCUCCCCUCCUGUGGCACUGUUCUUGGAGAGCGCCGCGUGAGGUAUCUGCUGCUUUUAAUCCCGUCGUGCUCCCAGAGGACUAAUAAGGCUCUGGUUUGGGAUCCUGGCUGACAUAUUACAUCUAUUCCAGUCCUCGAUACCUGUUUCCCCAGCUGCCAGGAGGGGUAAACCUUAAUCAUGGCUCAUUUACAGAGAGCUUCCUGAGGCCCAGGCAUACACACGACCGGAUUUAUCCUCCCACCCCUGAAUUGACAGCUGCUAUUAUAUCCAUUUGUCGGGGAGGAAAAAUGAGGCCAAACGACAGUUACUUACUAUAACCAGAUAGUUUAGGAAGUGGCCAAUAGGGGACUUGAAUUCAGGUCAUCAUUUCAAGGCCUACACUUCACUUCCUCUUUAGAUCCUGCUGCAGAAAAUAGUACCCAAGUAGGGCCUUUCGGUGGCUAUUAUGCCACUUAACAGGUUAAAAUUUUUUUCCUUAUUUGAUCAUGCAUAUAAAUUAUGUUCAAACUGCUACUACCAGGCUGUUAUUGUUAAAUAAGUCUUAAAUUAUGCUACUUUAAAAUUUAAAAAUUCAAAAUGAAUAGAGCCUUUUGGGUUUUUUGGCUUCAUUCUAGGACUUGUUCCACACACUUCCUGGAUGUGACCCCGCUCCCCCCAAUUCAUUUUACUGGGAGGAACAGGAGUUUGAGACAGGGUCUAACUUUCUAGCUCAGGAUAGCUUCAAACUUAUGAUCUUCCUGUCUCUGCAUGUGGAGUACUGGGAUUACAAGUAUGCACCACAAAGUGUGGUCCAAAGGAGGAUUUUUGUUGUUGCUCCUUGACCCAAAGUCUGUCCUUGCGAUGGAUCCUAGGCUAGCCUGCAAUUUGCAAUCCUGCCUCAGUCUCCCAGGUGCUAGGAUUAUAGGUAUGUAAUCUUGAUUUUUUUUUUUUUUAAAGCACAGGGCUAGGGAUGUAGCUCUCAGGUUUAUCUAGCCUGCACAGGCCCUAGACUUGAUCACCUGUACCACAAAAUGAUAAUAACUAACUUAUUUAUUAUAAAAUAUUACAAAAUAUUUAUUAUAAAAUAAUAAAAGCCAACUAUGAAAGCCGGGCACAGCUGUAUGCAUUUGUGAUCUCAGCUAUUUGGGAGGCUAAGGCUAGAGUAUCUCCAGCCCAGGAUGUCAAGGCCAGCCUUCAACAUAGCCAGACUCCAUCUCAAGCAAAGUAAAACCCGGGAACGGUGGUUUUUGCCUACAACCUCAGCACUUGAGAGGUGGAGGCAGGAGGAGCAGAAGUUCAAGGCCAUCAACACCUCCAUGGAGCAAGCCAGGCUGAGCUACAAGUGACCAUGUCUCAAAAAAACAAACUAUUGGGCCCAGUGUAGUGACGCACGCCUUUAUCACCAGCACUCAGGAGGCUGAAGCAGGAGGAUCUCUGUGAGUUUGAGGCCAGUCUGGUCUACAUAGCUGACUCUAGACAGCCAGGGCUAUACAGAGAAAUGCUGUCUCAAGAAAAGGGAAGGAGGGGCUCUCAGUGGGUAAAAGUGCUUGUUAUAUGUGCUGGUUUUUUUUUUUUUUCCAUCUUGACACAAGUUAGGGUCAUCUGGGAAAGGGACCCUCAAUUGAGAAAAUGCCUCAAUCAGAUUGGCCUGUAGGCAAGUCUGUGGGGCAUUUUCUUGAUUAAGUGAUUGAUGAGAGAUGGCCUAGCCCACCGUGUGAAUGGUGGCACCCCUGAGCAAGGUGGUCCUGAGUUAUAUAAGAACCAGGCUGAGCAAGCCAGUAACAAUACCCCUCCAUGGCUUCUGCUUCAGUUCCCGCCUCCUUGUUCCUGCACUGACUUCCCUCAGUGAUAGACUGUGACCUGUGGGCUGUAGGAAAUAAGCCCUUUUCUCCCCAAGUUGCUUUUGGUCAUGGAAUUUUAUCACAACAACGGAAAUCAAACUAGGACACUGUUCAACCAUGAGACUUGAGUUCACAUCACCAGCAGGCAUGUAACUUUACACAGGGGCUAAAGUUCUGGCUCAGCAUCAAAUAGACAAGUGCUUUUGCAGAAGACCCAGGUCCCAUUCUUGAAAUGCACAAGGUGUCUCAGAACUAUCACUAACCCCUAUUCCAGGAGAUCGGAUGCAUUUUCUGGUUCUCAAGGGCAGCAGAAAAUACAAGCAAAACAAAAACCCCAAAUCCAGGCAGUGGUGGCACACAUCUUUAAUCCCAGCGCUUGGGAGGCAGAGGCAGGCAGAUCUCUGAGACUUUGAGGCUAGCCUGGUCUACAAAGCGAGUUCCAGGACAGCCAGAGCUACAUAGAGAAACCCUGUCUAGAAAAUACAAAGAAUAAGGCAAAGAAACUCUUGAAGGGUAUCCUGGGUCAUGAGUAGCAGACCGUCCCCCACACGAUAAUGAUAAUAGGGCCAGCAAGAUGGCUCAGCAGCUGAAAACACUUGCCGCCAAGCCUGUCAACCUCCGUUGGAUUGCCAGGUCCCACAUGGUGGAUGAGAAGCAUGCCUGGCCUUCCCCAGUAAAUUAAUAAAGAAUGUGUAAGUUUA